GGAAAUGACAAAUCACUCCAAUAACUUUGCCAGGAAAACCCCAAAUGGUGUCAGGAAGAGUCGGAUACGACUGAAAUUAUUGAACAAAAAGACUACAAACAGAGCAAACUCCAAUAUGUAAUAAACUCCUCAGGAAAUCGUUAGCCGGCCAAUAGGAUUAUAUCCUCGUACUUCCGAGAUCGUCUCACGAGAAAAAAGGUUCUGGUUAAACUCAGUUCUAUAGACUCCUGGUGGCGCACUUACUUACUUACUUGAAUGCAGUUCUACAAAAGAGACUCAGAGCGCCGCUGUCCGCCAAUACCGAGCCAGAACUGAGGCUCGAGAUCUAUUGGAGGAGGCUCCUACACAGUGAUUUCCUGCACGGUCCUGGGGCUCACAUCACAGAAGCGACACAAUCUUUAAUGACUGGAGCUUUCUUCUCAACAGGGUUUGCCCUGUAUGCGCUGAUCAAUAGGCACUGAGUAGUGACGCUUCUUCGCGGUAGGGGAAGUCUUAAAAUCCAGAAAUGAUUUGAAGUGCGACUUCCCUAACCUGGAAAGGCAGCGAUCCUAGGAGCCCGAGAGAUGGGAAGUGGUGCUGAACAGAGGGGCUGGCGGCUCAAGAGGCAAGUACUGUUUCCUUUUUUGGCGUCUUUGUUCUGCCGAGCGCUUUCACAGCAGAUUCGUUACUCAAUUCCCGAGGAAAUGGCUAAAGGGUCGGUGGUGGGGAACCUCGCCAAGGAUCUGAGACUAGAGGUCCACGAUUUAUCCUUCCGGAAGCUCCGGAUUAAUGGAGAAAGAGAAUUCUUUAGUGUAAGCUCGGAAAGAGGGGAUUUACUUGUAAGGGACAGAAUAGAUAGAGAACAGAUAUGCCCCCAAACAAGAGUUUGUGCUCUGACAUUAGAGACUGUAGUUGAAAACCCCUUAAAUGUUUUCUAUGUUAACGUGGAAAUUGAAGACAUAAAUGACAAUCCGCCCCAGUUCAGGAGAAAUAUAAUCAAUUUAAACAUCUCUGAGUCUACUCCGCCAGGUGCGAAAUUUGCAUUAGAACCUGCUCAUGAUCCAGAUACAGGACUCAAUUCCCUACAAACUUAUUACCUAAGCACCAAUCCUGUUUUUUCCUUCGAAGUAAAAAAGAAAAAAGAUGGCAGUAAAUAUGCUGAACUUGUGUUAGAGAAACUUCUAGACAGGGAAAAGCAAAGUUCCUAUCACUUGGUCCUGACUGCAGUGGAUGGCGGGAAUCCAGCCCGAAGUGGCACAGCUCAGAUCAGAAUCAGUGUCUCUGAUGCCAAUGAUAAUGCCCCUGUCUUCAGCCAGGACGUCUACAAGGUCAGUCUGCUAGAGAACCUGCCCCCGGGCUCAUCUGUGCUGCGCGUGGCAGCCACGGACGGGGAUGAGGGGAUCAAUGCGGAAAUCACUUUUUCCUUCGACCGCUCUUCCCACAGACAAUGGCAAGUGUUUUCUCUGGAUCCAAAUAGCGGGGAAAUUACAACUCUAGAAAACUUAGAUUUUGAAAAUAUCAGAGACUACUCAAUGGUGUUGGAAGCCAGGGAUGGGGGUGGUCUGGUUACUCAGUGCACAGUUGAAAUUGAAGUUCUGGACGUAAAUGACAACUUCCCAGAAGUUAUAUUCACUUCCAUUUCAGCACUGAUUCCUGAAGACUGCUCACCUGGUACAGUGGUGGCUCUGAUGAAAACAUCAGACCGAGAUUCUGGAGUCAAUGGGGAGGUCACAUGCCACGUACAGGAAAAUGCACCUUUUAGACUAGAAUCCUCUUCCAGGAACUACUACAAACUGCUGACAGAUGGGCCCCUGGACCGAGAGCAGACCCCACAAUAUAACGUUACUGUCACUGCCUCAGACAAGGGAAAGCCUCCUCUGUCCACCAGCAAAACCCUCACCUUGCACAUAGCUGACGUCAAUGACAAUCCCCCAGUUUUCCUCCAGUCUUCAUACGUCGUUUACGUCCCCGAGAACAACCCAUCAGGAGCCUCCAUCACCAGUGUCUCAGCCUCUGACGCCGACCUGGACGGGAAUGGCCGAGUGUCCUAUUCCAUCGUCAGCAGUGACCUGGUUUCUCUGCCUCUGUCCUCCUACGUGUCGGUCAACAGCCACAGCGGAGCCAUCUUUGCUCAGCGUUCUUUCGAUUAUGAACAGGUCCGCACCUUCGAGCUGACUCUGCAGGCUUGUGACGCUGGUUCCCCGGCCCUCUGUACCAAUGUUACCCUGCAAGUAUUCAUCUCGGACCUCAAUGACAACGCCCCAAACAUCCUUUAUCCGGCCCUGGGACCUGACAGAUCUGCCCUCUUCGACAUGGUCCCUCGAUCUUCGGAGCCAGGAUACUUGGUCACCAAGGUGGUGGCAGUGGACGCAGACUCGGGACACAACGCCUGGUUGGCUUAUCGAGUACUGCAGGCCACGGAUCCGGGACUCUUCAGCCUGGGACUGCGCACAGGUGAGAUCAGGACCGCUAGGGCUUUGGCUGAAAGAGACGUUGCCCGGCACCGCCUUCUGGUUUCUGUGCAAGAUGGAGGCCAGCCCCUCUGUCGGCCACUGUGGCUCUGCACCUAGUCUUCGCAGACAGUCUGCAAGAGGCAAUGCCGGAGAUGAAAGAGGAACUCUCCGAAAAUGUAUCCACGCAAUGGAAAGUUAAUUUUUUUCUGGUCAU